UGGCUGGGCGCCGCCUGUCAGUGAGCGGGAGCUGCCGAGGAGGCCUGAGGGGCCGCGCCGGGCUGUGCCGGGCGAGCGGAGCGGAACCGGCCCGGGCUGGACCGGGCUGAGCCGAGCCGAGCCGAGCCGGAGCGUGUCUCCCUGAAGCUGGGAAAUGGCCGUGAUGGGAAUUGUAUGUCAAGGAGCUCCUGAUCCAGCCGUCAAGCACAAAAAGGAGCUCACAGCUACUGAGGGGCUGAAGGAGACAGUGAGUGAAAAGCAGAGCAGUGUUUGCAAAGUAGAAGAUUCAAAGAAGGUCAUCUUUCACAGUCAGUGGAAAAUCCUGAAUGAUGUAAUCACCAGAGGAACAGCAAAAGAAGAAACAGAAGGAGGCUGUGCAUCAAUUUCUAUUAUUGCCCAAGCAGAAUGUGAAAACAGUCAGGAGUUCAGCCCCACUUUAUCAGAGAGAUCCUUUAUUGCCCACAGUAAACGUUACAGCAGCCGCUCGGACAGUCUCGAUCACAUCCCCAACAAUGUGGCCCAUGCCACGGAGGGCAGGAUGGCACCCACCUGGAGAGGGAGGCACCGGGGCAGGGCCAAGAAGAAACGGCACAAGAAAAGAUCCAAGCUGAAAGGACAACCUGUGGCUGCUGGCAGAAGAAGUCCAAGAACUCCAGAACAGGAGAGCUGCACCCCAAUUCCUGUUCAGGAGGAUGAAUCCCACCAAAGCACUCUUUACAGAAACAGUUUUUGGGUUCCUGAAUUUAACAAGGACUUGGGCUAUGAUCCACUGUCUUUUGAGAAGCCUGCCCAUGCCCCCUUGUCCAUGGGCAAACUCCAUUCCCCAAGGAGCCAGUACAAAACUGAACUGCACAAGCUGAUCAGCCCUAUUCAGUGCCUUAAUCAUGUUUGGAGACAGAGAGACACUGUUCCCCAGCCUGAGACUCUCCAUCCUUUUCCCUACAACAUCCUUCCCCCCCAUUUCCCACAUGUGGACAAUCCUCUCCAUGCCAUGAAGCAGAAUGCUCUGGACACAUACUUCCACGGUGACCUCAACUAUCAAGACAGUCACUUAUCUGGCCUAAACUUAGAAUAUAAUUUCACCAAAUGCAUCAACCAGUCCAUGCAAACCAGUUCAGACAAGCUUUCUGUGGAAGAAUAUUUGGUAGAUGCCUUGAAGGGGAGUGUGAGUUUUGGUGAACCACAAAAUUUAGCCAGCCUGGCCAAGACGUGGAGAGGAGGUGGGCUGGAGCUGAAGGAACAAUUCCAUGAAGCAAGUGAAAAUGAAGGCGUGCUGCUGAAUGAGAAGCUGAAGCCAGUGGAUUAUGAGUACCGAGAAGAGGUUCACUGGACCAAGUGCCAUGGUUCCUUGGGCAUUGGCUCUUUUGGGGAAGUGUACAAGAUAGAGGACAAGCAGACAGGAUUUCAGUGUGCUGCCAAGAAGGUGCAGGUGGAACACUUCCGUGCCGAGGAGCUGACGACGUGCGCGGCCGUGACGAGCCCCAGCGUGGUGCCCCUCUAUGGCGCCGUCAAGGAGGGUCCCUGGGUCACCAUCUUCAUGAAGCUGAUGGAGGGUGGCUCAUUAGGGCAGCUCAUUAAACAGAGUGGCUGCCUGCCAGAGGACAGAUCCCUCAGCUACCUGGGCCAGGUGUUAGAGGGUCUGGAGUAUCUUCAUGCUCAAAACAUUCUACAUGGAGAUGUCAAAGCGGAGAAUGUGCUGCUGUCGGACGAUGGGAGCAGGGCCCUCCUGUGUGACUUUGGCCACUCUGCUCACCUGCACCCAGACGGGCUGGGAAAGUGCUUGGUCACAGGGAACUACGUGCCUGGCACAGAGACCCACAUGGCCCCGGAGGUGGUGAUGGGGAAGCGCUGUGACUCCAAGGUGGACGUGUGGAGCAGCUGCUGUAUGAUGCUGCACAUGCUCAACGGCUGCCACCCCUGGACCCAGUACUACAACCACCCUCUCUGCCUGAAGAUCGCUAAAGAGCCGCCUCCUCUGAGGGAAAUUCCACCUUCCUGCAACCCUCUCACUGCUGAGAUUAUUAAACUGGGGCUGGAGAAGGAGCCUCUGCAGAGGGCAUCUGCAUCAGAACUCAAAACUAAGACCAGUGUGGCACUUGAGGAAGUGGGAGGUGUGAGAAGCCCCUGGAAAGGUGAAUACAGAGAGCCCAGACAUUUAUCUUUAAACAAAGAAAACAGUGCACAGACUUCCCUGUCCCCCACAGUGAGCCCAGUUUCUGAGACUGGUUCUGAUCCCAAAGUGUCAGUCAAAGUUUCCUGUGCCAGCCCAGUCCUACCACCUCCAUCUCUGGAGCAAACAGAGGAGGCUGAGGGACCCCACUGGAAUGAGGGCAAGGAGUUACCUGAGACCUGUGAUCCCCCACCUCUCUCCUCAACUCCUCUGCCCCUGAAGAGCUGCAGCCACGUGGAAAGAGCCACAACCAUUUCAGAGCAAGAACUUCAGCAGCUGGAAAUUGAACUGUUUCUGAACAGCCUUUCCCAGCCUUACUCUCUGGAAGAACAAGAGCAAAUGCUUUCAUGCCUCAGCAUUGACAGCCCCUUUGUGUCAGAUGCCAGUGAGAAGAACUCCAUGAAGGCUUCUCACAGCCUGAGGGACACCAUGAGCUCUGGGAUCCAUUCCUGGAGCAGCCAGGCAGACGGGCAGAGCUGCAGCUGGAACAACCUGCUGAGCCGCAGCCGGCACACGGACACCCCCAGCUACUUCAACGGAGUGAAAAUCCAGAUCCAGUUGCUAAGUGGAGAAAAUUUGCACAUCAGGGAUUUCCACAGGACAAAGGUGGGAGACAUUGCCACGGGGAUAAGCAGCCAGAUCCCCGUGCCUGCCUUCAGCCUGGUGACCAAGGAGGGGCAGCCUGUGCACUACAACAUGGAGGUGCCCGACUCUGGCAUCGAGCUGCAGUGCACCCUGGCCCCCGACUGCAGCGUCAGCUGGGCCUGGCGCGUCAAGCACGGCCAGCUGGAGAACAGGCCCUGAGCCCUGCCUGCUUUGGAGGUUUGCACUAUGUGCAAAGAAGGAAUUGCCAAAGCUUCUGACCUCCC